GAUCACAUGAUCGAGGGUGGACUGGCCGUGGCUGAACUGGGUGCGGGAACAGAAACUUGCACUUGGGUCGUUCUGCCACCCGCCUCCCCUUGUUCCGAUAUUAGCAGCACGGCUCUGCGUUCACCCCAAAAGCGCGGACCUCCGCUCUGAUCCCGGGUCUAAACCCUUGCGUUUACAACAAACCCCCUCCGUAUCCCGGCAAUGCUAUGGAUCGUACCCCAAAUAAAGCGAUUUUCGCUUGAGACGAAAACAUAACAGGCUUGUGUUUUUUGGGAGUGACUCACCUCCCCUUCCCCAGAGUUUGAUUCAAAAAAAGAGUUCACAACCAAGAUGGCCGCCGAUCCCAUGCAGGCUCACAUGGUUUCGGACCGGCUGGGCCUGGGGCACAACCUUGACCUGUCUGAUACCAUGGUGCAGCAGAAGCUAGACGAAAUCAAGGAGCAGAUCAAGAGGGAGAUCCGCAAAGAGCUGAAGAUCAAAGAGGGGGUGGAGAACCUCAGAAAGGUCACAACGGAAAAAAAGAGACUGGCAUAUGUUGAUAAUAUGCUCAAGAAGUCCAACAAGAAGUUAGAGGAGCUUCAUCAAGAGUUGCAGGAACUCAAUGCUCAUAUUGUGGUGAAGGAUCCAGAGGAUCUUCUCUUAGAGUGCCCUCUUACGCUGGACAGCCCUAAAAGGGAAGCACGAACAUGCACUAUCAGCAGCAGACUAGCAGCCCUGAAAAAACAGAACGACAUUGAAUUGAAGGUGAAACAGGGGGCUGAGAACAUGAUCCAGAUGUAUUCAAAUGGCUCCUCAAAGGACAGAAAACUGCUUGAAACAGCACAGCAGAUGCUUCAAGACAGCAAAACCAAGAUCGAGUUCAUCCGAAUGCAGAUUCUCAAAGCCAGCCAAACCAGCGAGCUCCGCUUCGACAACAAUGAUGUCAUUGCCAAACCCAUCAUCAGUCCGCUGGACCUGCGGGUGGAGGAACUCUGCCAUCACACACGGAUAGAGUACGCUGUGGCCGAGGGGGCCAAGAAUGUCAUGAAGCUGUUGGGCUCUGGUAAACUGGCUGAGAAAAGGGCUCACUCAGAGGCCCAAGCCAGAUUCAAUGAGUCCAGUCAGAAGCUGGAUUUGUUGAAGUAUUCCCUGGAGCAGAGACUCAAUGAGCUUCCGAAGAACCACCCCAAGAGCAGUCUGAUCAUGGAGGAGUUAUCGCUCAUGUCCUCUCCGGCACUCAGUCCCCGUCAGAGUUUCAUAUCCACACUGAACCACAACAGCACUGUUAAAAACCAGUACAGCACCAAACCAGCUGCACUCACAGGCAAAUUAGAGGUUCGGCUCAUGGGAUGUCAGGACCUGUUAGACAGUGUUCCUGGCCGGUCUAAAGCCACGUCGGUGCCGCUGCCCGGUUGGAGCCCCAGUGAAACGCGCUCCUCUUUCAUGAGCCGUGGGAACCGCAGAGGAACCAGUGUUCGAAAUCUCUCCAAAAAUGAUGACUUGUCCAAUGAGAUUAGUGCUGUUCUGAAGCUUGACAACACUGUCGUUGGUCAGACCAGUUGGAAACCUGUCAGUAAUCAGUCGUGGGACCAGAAGUUUACAUUAGAGCUAGACCGGUCUCGUGAGCUGGAGAUCUCGGUGUAUUGGAGAGAUUGGCGGUCCCUUUGUGCGGUGAAAUUCCUGCGACUGGAGGACUUCCUGGACAACCAGCGGCACGGAAUGUGCCUUUACCUUGAGCCACAAGGGACUCUGUUUGCAGAGGUUACCUUUUUUAAUCCAGUCAUUGAGCGAAGAACCAAACUCCAGAGGCAGAAAAAGAUCUUCUCAAAGCAACAAGAUGAGAUUAGUGCUGUUCUGAAGCUUGACAACACUGUCGUUGGUCAGACCAGUUGGAAACCUGUCAGUAAUCAGUCGUGGGACCAGAAGUUUACAUUAGAGCUAGACCGGUCUCGUGAGCUGGAGAUCUCGGUGUAUUGGAGAGAUUGGCGGUCCCUUUGUGCGGUGAAAUUCCUGCGACUGGAGGACUUCCUGGACAACCAGCGGCACGGAAUGUGCCUUUACCUUGAGCCACAAGGGACUCUGUUUGCAGAGUCUCCAUUUCCUGGUGAUGAUGAAGAAGAGGUUUUUGACAGCAUUGUGAAUGACGAAGUUCGCUACCCAAGAUUCCUCUCAACAGAGGCCAUCUCCAUUAUGAGAAGGUUAUUAAGAAGGAAUCCCGAGCGACGACUUGGAGCUGGUGAACGUGACGCAGAGGAUGUGAAGAAACAUCUGUUCUUCAGAAAUAUUGACUGGGAUGGACUAUUAGCAAAGAAAGUGAAGCCACCAUUUGUACCCACAAUCCAGAGUUCCAUUGAUGUUAGUAAUUUUGACGAUGAAUUUACCUCAGAGGCACCGGUGCUCACACCCCCCAGAGAACCCCGGCCCUUAACCCAGGACGUGCAGGACCUAUUUGCAGACUUUGACUAUAUUGCAGACUGGUGUUAGUCAUGUGUUGGCAUCCCUCCCUCUCUCUACACACACACAAGACACAGAAAAUGUGAAUCAGACCAUUUGCAAAUAUCCUUUUUUUGUUGUUGUCAGUGUUAUUUUAGGAUUACCACAUCCCCUUUUCCGUAUUAACAUGAAGAAGAAACUUUAAAAAAAAAAAUUUUUUAUGAUUAUUACCAACAUGUUCAGGUUCAGGAUGAUUAUUCCAUUUCAUCGGGGCUUAAGCACUGAUCAUGAAAAACAUGAACUGAGCAGUAUAGUUUUCAACUGUACUGACAACUUACCAUGGCUUGAACCAUGUGAUCAGGUGCUUCACUGACACCCCCUAGUGUUGAGGAAGUCAGUAGGCCACAUCCACAUUCAUCUUGCCCACGGAAUUCCAUCAGUUACACUAAGAAUGAUGAGCCUUGAUUUUAAUAUUUUUUGUAUUUGAAGCAUUUACAUUGCGACUGGUUAAAAAGUCUGUCAGCUGUCAAUGUUGAUUAUGUGGAAGUGUUUUAAAGCCAUAGACCGAAAUAAUGAUAGUGAUACAUUGUACCUCAUCCAAUGAAUGUAUAGUUUGCCACCAUUACCAAAACAUCUAGCCAUUUUUAUGUAAUGGAGACUUUACUCUUCCCUACAGUACAGUAAUAAUGCAUUAAGAUCCUAGUUACAACGGAAUCCCAAAUAUGAACUACCAGUUACAGCUCUAAUCAUAUAUGUCAGUGCUUUGAAACAGGGAAUGCAUUUACUUCCAUUGAGUUAUUGUUCUAUCAAGUUUCAGGAGAGGGUCAUGUUUUUUUUUUACCAGACUUAAGCUGUCAGUGGAUUUACACUACCGUUCAAAA